CACCGGACUGUCAGGGAUGAAGCUCCGACAACGGAUUCUUAGAAGAAUAGAAUUGAAGUCGCCUGCGCCGAACGGGGACGGCCUGACCGGGCGAGAGACAACCGUCCUCUCGGCCACUCGAUCCGCCCACAUGCAGCCCCAUGGUUGGCAAUUGACAUUGGUUGGGCAUUAGGGCAGGGAUGGUGUAGCAUGUAGACGGUACACACCGAGAGCUUUCCUGCCUUCGACCUGCGAGGUGCUUCCGAUAUGGCAAACCCUUGGCAGUCACUAACAAGAGGGGGGUUCUCGCUACCUACCUUCGACCAGGGAUCACCCCACCGGACGACCUGCCCCUCCCUCCGUCUCUGCUCACCCAAAAGCUUCCACCUCCAGCCCCGAGUGCAUCAUCUUGAUUCUCUUCCCUCUUCCAUCUUCACUCUUCCCAUCCUCGUCCUACAACAUCGAGAGACCUUCCACCACUCAUUAGUCCAUCAAACCUCAGAAAAUCAUCCACAAUGGGUAUCACCAAGGUUCACGCUCGUUACGUCUACGACUCUCGUGGCAACCCCACCGUCGAGGUCGAUGUCGUGACCGAGGAGACUGGCCUCGCCCGCGCCAUCGUGCCAUCUGGUGCCUCCACCGGUCAGCACGAGGCUUGCGAGCUCCGUGACGGCGACAAGACCCACUGGGCUGGCAAGGGUGUUCUUCAGGCCGUCAAGAACGUCAACGAGGUCAUUGGCCCCGCGCUCAUCAAGGAGAAGAUUGACGUCAAGGACCAGAGCAAGGUCGACGAGUUCCUCCUCAAGCUCGACGGUACCCCCAACAAGACCAAGCUCGGUGCCAACGCCAUUCUCGGUGUCAGUUUGGCUGUCGCCAAGGCCGGUGCUGCCGAGAAGGGUGUCCCUCUCUACGCUCACGUCUCCGACCUUGCCGGCACCAAGAAGCCCUAUGUCCUCCCCGUUCCCUUCAUGAACGUCCUCAACGGCGGUUCCCACGCCGGUGGCCGUCUUGCCUUCCAAGAGUUCAUGAUCGUUCCUUCCGCCGCCCCCUCUUUCUCCGAGGCCAUGCGCCAGGGUGCUGAGGUGUACCAGAAGCUCAAGGGCCUCGCCAAGAAGAAGUACGGCCAGUCCGCUGGCAACGUCGGUGACGAGGGUGGUGUUGCUCCCGAUAUCCAGAGCGCCGAGGAGGCCCUCGAGCUCAUCACCGAGGCCAUUGAGGCCGCUGGCUACACUGGCCAGAUCAAGAUCGCCAUGGAUGUCGCCUCCAGCGAGUUCUACAAGGAGGACGCCAAGAAGUACGAUCUCGACUUCAAGAACCCCGAGAGCGACCCCUCCAAGUGGCUCACCUACGAGGAGUUGGCUGCCCUCUACUCUGACCUCUGCAAGAAGUACCCCAUCGUCUCCAUCGAGGACCCCUUCGCUGAGGAUGACUGGGAGGCCUGGAGCUACUUCUACAAGACCCAGGGCGAGUCCAUCCAGAUCGUUGCUGACGACUUGACCGUCACCAACCCUCUCCGCAUCAAGAAGGCCAUUGAGCUCAAGGCUUCCAACGCACUUCUCCUCAAGGUCAACCAGAUCGGUACCCUUACCGAGUCCAUCCAGGCCGCCAAGGACUCCUAUGCCGAUGGCUGGGGCGUCAUGGUUUCUCACCGCUCUGGUGAGACCGAGGAUGUCACCAUCGCCGACAUUGCCGUCGGUAUCCGCUCCGGCGAGAUCAAGACCGGCGCUCCCUGCAGAUCGGAGCGCCUGGCCAAGCUUAACCAGAUUCUCCGCAUCGAGGAGGAGCUUGGCGAGAACGCCGUGUAUGCCGGCGAGAACUUCCGCAAGUCCAUCAACUUGUAAGGUGGACGCGGUGGGAUGCCUCGGGGGGAAUCGGAACCCAGAGGGACGGGGUCUGGUGAUUUGUUGGUAACAGGUUUACCUCGGGUCAAAAGAUGUCUGAGAUGACUUAUGAAAAGGGUGACGAAGCCUUAGAAAGCAGGGAAAUACCAAUGUGAAUUCUUUUUCAAAGUCCAAGCUUGGAUGGAUCCUCUUUCGGAAACUUGCGGGGUGAUCGUGGACCACAUUGCCGGCAUGACCUCUCAAGGUUCUCGCCUAUUGCCGUGGUUUGCCGGCCAUGACAUGUAACUCCACAAAAAGGGCUGACAUUUGACAGGCUGCAGGGCUAGACAUAUCCAAGACUCGACUACAGUCUAUUACCGGAGAUCGGUGAUUAUUUACCCUGAGCCUGUGGAGCAUGUUGAUUCUCUCACCUGCCUCGAGGCGAUCGGUGGUAGUUUUAUGUGUCACUACUGGUCCAGCAACCCAUCACAUGAUGGCUCCUGAAGGCCAUACCCCUCCUCUAUAGUCCGCUUGGUUCGCUUCAAAGUCCUCUCCCACAAGUCCCCUUCCUUUUCAGCCUUCCUCUUAGGAGGGACGAUAACCGGUUGUCCAUCAUCUCUAACCCCGAUCACAGCAAGAAUAGACACCCCAAGAACGCCGGGAAAUGCCUUUUGUAUAUUCUCUAGUAAAAAGGACAUUUCCCAUCCCAAAGACGCCCCAGUAUUCACAACCAUUUCCGUGAUCUUUCGAUAGAAAGCCGAUCUGGCUUCGUUGCUCUGGGCCUGAUUUUGCCUACUCCCUCAAACAAAGUGAUCAGCACCUCAUCAGAAAUAUCUACGCCAGCUGACAGGUCGAGAAACGCCUCCAAUACUCGCAAGGCUUUAUCAGAAUGUCUCGCAUGUCGCGCGAACAACAUCUCAAUGAAACAACUCAUCGCAUCCAAUACCGCCGGCUCAGCAAACCUAAACAACUCAACCCGAGCAUUCCUCGCCGCACCAUGAUGCAGAAACGCCAAGUACAAGUCCGUUCCUACUGCUCUCCAAAAGUCGUCCUUUGUAUUCCUCCUGGCAGGUCCACUGAAUAAGCUUUGUCCAAGGCGAAGGCGAUUUCCACCCGCCGUGCCCCUCGUUCGGAUCCUUGCCGGCCUCCAACAGACACUGGAUCACUUGCAGAUGACCUUCGGUCCACUGCUGUUCCUCAACGACCAAGCAAAGCGGCCACUCCUUCAAGUCGUCAAAGUAGUACAAACUGUCGUUUGUUUUUCCUCGAGACAUACUUUGCCGCCCCUGUCCGGAGGACCUCUUUUCGAAACUGGAAAUCGGAUGCCUCGUUUCCCGACGCAACAUCGUCUCCGAUGGUGGUAUCGCCGUUGAACUCGGCCGGUUUGAGCAGGUUCCACUCCAUGGCAUCUUCACCGUCUUCUAAUGGCGCGGCGAAGAGAUUCUCGAUAUCAUCGAGCAGCUCGACUGUUGUCUCUUCCGCGUCCUCCAACGCCUCGUGCGCAUACGAGAGACCUUGAGGAGACGCGUUCGUAACAAGGAGGCAGAGUCAGACGAUGUGGGUGGUGCACUGCAUUUCAAGCAGGCUGUGUAAGCCAGCAGAGUGGAGAGAGGAGUGGAAAGCCCUGGUUUCGCUUUCGAACUGAGGUAGUUGUUCAUUUCCCGAGUGAGCAAAAAGUCGCGGACUGUUCGGUGGAGGAACUCGACUGAGGUGCCCUUUACAUCUAGCAACCCCCCGCAGAUGGCAUUGACACGGCGUCGGCACCGAUCGUAUAGCUGCUCUUCUUCGGCGGGGAGGUUGGGGAGAUUGUCAUCUUGAGGGCGUAGUCCUUGGCUUCGCUUUCGCGCUCUUGCAUGCUGAAAGUUAGGUAGUAGAGCGGCUGCUUGGCAUGGGCGGAUAUGCUGAGGAAGCUCGCCAUUUUUUUGGUGGUAAACGCUGUCGAUGAGGUUGAGCAUGUGUUUGAAGAAGCGCUCGAGGUCGGUGAUUGAAUCGAUAAUGGCGGUUUUGUCUUGCGGUGAGAAAUGGGGAAGAUUCCACCUGGGGUGUUCUGCAUCGGUGAAGACGUUCCAUGGCCGGCUGAGAGACAGAGCUUGAUGUUGGGGGACUGGCUGAGGUUGGAAAGAAGCUCGCAGAGCAUGAGGUGAUCACCGUCAAACUCAUCGACGCCGUCGAUGAAGAAACGGUGCCGGAUGUGGAGGUCUUGAUUCCGGCCGAGAUGGUGCAGGGCUUCGGAAAGUUCACGGGUUGUCCACUCGGAGCUCUGCUGCUCAGUCCGUUGGAGACAGGUCUGCCUCCAGUGAAGGGGACAAGCGGCGGGGAUGAGGCUGGGACAGGCGCAGAAGAUUUCGUAGAGGAGGGUUUUGAGGAGACCCUCGUGGGAUUUUUGCAUGUGCGUGCCGGCUGCCCAGAAGUAGUGCCUUGCGGUCAGGAGCUUGAAUGGUUUGGCCCAUUCUUCGAACAUGGUUGGGUUGUUUCGUGGUCGGCGAGGAACUUCAUCAGGGUUGACUUGCCCGAACCGGCUUUGCCGGAGACCCAGAAGAUGCCGUCCCCGGUUUUGAGCCAGUUGAAGAAGCAGUGAUUGGCAGGGUCGUCAUCGACGUCAAUGUCCGGUGGUGGCGGUUCCAAUAUCCAGCGAAACGUGUUUUUCGUAAGCUAGAGGGAUGUUAUCGUGGCGUACCGGGUAGGUAGG